UAUUAGAGACCUUUAGAUCCGUGGACCAGGUCCACGACCAGGACGAGUUUUGGCCGCGCGCGCACUGGUACUACAGACUAGUCCUCGGCCUGGUCGUCGUCAAAUUGCAACAUUUAGAUAGUAAACAAACCGUCGGAAUGCAAUUUUAUUAAGUUUGUUCAUAGUUUGGCCAUGUUUGAGCCAUGUUCUCCAAGAAAAACAUUCUAACAUCUUCAAUUAUGCUAUACCUCGACGAUUUUUUGGAGGAGGAAGAUGUCAUUCGAGUUAUCUUGGAGCAAAAUCGGAAAAAUCCUGCCAUUCCUCACGAGAAUUACAGUCGGAUCGAGGAGACACUCGGUGAUAUGUCUGAGGCUGAACUAAAGGCUGAGUUUAGGUUCGGUCGUGGCGAAAUUGACCUGCUUCUCGAAGCUCUUCAAAUCCCGGAGUCAUUCAAGUGCAUCAAUGGAACUGUUUCUUCUGGUUUGGAAGGACUAUUGAUGUUUUUGAGGAGGUUUGCAUACCCUUGCAGACUCGGUGAUAUGAUCCCACGGUUUGGUCGCUCUAUUCCUGAGCUUAGCCUCAUUUUAUCAGAGGUCACCGAUUUUAUUGUGAAUACACAUGGUCAUCUGCUACUUGACUUGAAUCAACCCUGGUUACAGCCAUUCCAAUUGGAGUCGUUUGCUCGGGCAAUCAGCCGAAAAGGUGCUGCGCUGGACAACUGUUGGGGUUUUGUUGAUGGCACUGUAAGACCCAUCUGCCGUCCAGGGGAGCACCAAAGAAUAAUGUAUAAUGGCCACAAAAGAGUUCAUGGUAUUAAAUUCCAGUCCGUGGUGGCGCCAAAUGGCCUAAUAGCCAACCUGUUUGGUCCAGUCGAGGGAAAGAGGCAUGAUGCGAGGAUGCUACAGAUGUCAGGGUUACUGCACCAACUUCAGCAAUACUCUGUUGAUCAAGCACGGCAGCCACUUUGCAUCUAUGGGGAUCCUGCUUACCCUCUCAGAGUUCAGCUACAGGCACCAUACAAACAUGCUCACCUCACAGCCGACCAAGAGGCCUUCAAUUCUUCUAUGAGCAAAGUUCGAUCGGCUGUUGAGUGGGUGUUUGGGGACAUUGUCUCUUAUUUUGCCUUUCUGGAUUUCAAAAAGAAUCUCCAGUUGGUACCAUGUAUGCUGCCUGUGCUCUUCUACGGAAUGCUCAUACAUGUUUAUACAGCUCUAUGUCUAGCUCUUUUUUUGACCUAGAGCCACCUACUAUUCAAGAGUACUUUCAAGUUUAAUGAAAAUAAUUAUAUUGUAUUGUCAAAAUUUUGGUCCCUGCUCAUCCCCUGCUACUCUGGUAGCAGAGGUUUCUUUGGGCUAUUCCAUUUUUGUUCCCCUCAUAUCAAAGAGCCAGAAAGAGUCUUUUAUUUUGACUCUGGAUUUCCUUAGGGGUCUUCAGUUUUGAACCUGGUUUUCCACAGGGGGCUUUGAUUUCGACUAUAGAUUUCUAUAUGUUUGCUAGAGUCUUGAUUAGCAAUAGGGUGCAUAAAUUUAUCUGACAUUUCCACAGGGGUAACAUGAGAGAUUCUAGAUUUCCACUGUGGUAGAGCAAAGUUCCUCGAUUGGGGGAUUACAAAUUUUAAAUGGAAUAUGGCACUUUCUGUCAGUCUUUUAUUAGCUAGCUGCUAGUUUCUGUUUUUAAUUCUAUCCAAAGCUCAUUGGGCUUAAAAGUGCUAGUUUCUAUUUUUUUGUUAUUUGUCGAAUAUGAAGGAGCCAAUUAUAUUCAUAAUUAUACGA